UUAUGGCGGCUCUGUUCGAAAAGGAAAAUCCCCUUUGCUCAGAUGAAUGAAAAAAUAUGUAUUGUUGAGUUUUAAAGUAUCUCUUUAAGAACAAUCAUGUAAAAUAUCAAUGAUGAUGAUCCUACAGAAAAACUAUUGAAACAACGAUGUUGAUAUAAAACACACAAAGGAGAUGUGACCGCCUACACACUGAUUCUGUUUUGCGAAAUGAGAAAAAGUCAGGCUCCAAGCCAGAGAAGUUUUCUGGUCAAUAGUGGCAGUAAAAGAAGCCAGGAUGAAACGUUUUCCCCACAGGUGAAGAGGGUGAAAUGUUUAGAUGACCACCAAAGUCCAGUCAGAUCACCUUUAUCCAAUAUUUCAACCAAUAUUUGUCAUGAUGCUAUAUCUCAACAUGAAGCUCUUAUCAGGAAGAUACUGUCAAAACCAUUUAAGAUUCCAAUUCCUAACUAUAAAGGAAGCACACUUAAUAGAGCUUUAGGUGUAAGACGACAGGGAAACAGACAACCAUUGUACGACCCGUUUGAAGAAGGAGCUUUGGUUUUAUACACACCACCAGAACUCAGUGCACAUGAACAACUCAAAGUUGACUUGGAGAAACAUCCAGUACAUGUAGUAGUUGAUCCAUUGUUAAGUAAUGUUUUACGACCUCAUCAAAGAGAGGGUGUUAAGUUUAUGUAUGACUGUGUGACAGGAGAACAAAUAGAGAACAGUUAUGGCUGUAUCAUGGCUGAUGAAAUGGGACUGGGGAAGACAUUACAAUGUAUAACAUUAAUGUGGACAUUAUUGAAACAAAGUCCAGAUUGUUGUCCACAUAUAGACAAGGCAGUGGUUGUAGCACCUAGUAGUUUAGUAAAGAAUUGGUAUAAUGAGAUAUUUAAAUGGUUAGGACAGAAGAUAAAUCCACUGGCCAUUGAUUCUGGUACCAAACAGGAAAUAGACAGAAAUCUAAAUCAGUUUAUGCAGCAGCAAGGAAGAAGAAAUCCUAAUCCUAUUUUAAUUAUAUCAUAUGAGACAUUUAGAUUACAUGCUCAUGUGAUGCAUAAAGGUUCAGUAGGGCUGGUUAUAUGUGAUGAGGGUCACAGGUUAAAAAAUUCAGAAAAUCAGACAUACCAAGCAUUAAAUGGAUUGAAAGCCAAGAGAAGAGUUUUACUAUCUGGAACACCUAUACAAAAUGAUCUGUUAGAAUACUUUAGUCUUGUACAUUUUGUAAAUGGUGGAAUUUUAGGUACAGCACAGGAAUUCAAAAGGAAGUUUGAAACACCAAUAUUAAGAGGAAGAGAUGCAAGCUCAACUGAUGCUGAACAUAAGAAAGGACAAGAAAGGCUACAAGAGUUGGCAUCAAUAGUAAAUAAAUGCAUCAUUAGAAGAACACAGGUUUUACUAACCAGAUAUUUACCUGUGAAAAUUGAACAGAUAGUAUGCUGUAAUCUGACACCCCUCCAGUCAGAACUAUAUAAAAUGUUGGUCAGAUCCAAAUCCUCUGAUAUACAAGUGGAUGGAGACAAAGUAACAGGAAGCAGUUUGUCAUUUAUUACACAGCUCAAAAAAUUGUGUAAUCACCCUGACUUGAUAUAUGAUAAAUGUUUACAAGAAGCUGAAGGGUUUGAAGGGACGUUGGAUGUUUUCCCUGCUGGACAUAAUUUGAAGACUGUUAAACCUGAAUUAUCUGGUAAAUUUCUGGUUCUAGAUUGCAUGUUAGCAUUAAUAAAGACCACAACAAGUGAUAAAGUGGUGUUAGUGUCUAACUAUACACAAACCUUAGAUCUGUGUGAGAAGUUGUUUAGACAGAGAGGGUAUUUGUUUGUAAGGCUAGAUGGUACAAUGUCAAUUAAGAAGAGAGCGAAAAUUGUGGAGAAAUUUAACAACCCAACAAGCCCAGAAUAUAUAUUUAUGUUAAGUAGUAAAGCAGGUGGUUGUGGUUUAAAUUUAAUUGGUGCUAAUAGACUGGUGAUGUUUGAUCCAGACUGGAACCCUGCUAAUGAUGAUCAGGCUAUGGCAAGAUGUUGGAGAGAUGGACAGAAAAAACAGUGUUAUAUAUACAGAUUGAUUGCUACUGGGACAAUUGAGGAGAAGAUUUUCCAGAGGCAGGCCCACAAAAAAGCAUUAAGCAGUUGUGUUGUAGAUAAAGAAGAAGAUGUAGAAAAACAUUUUAGUCGAGAUGAGUUAAAGGACUUGUUCCGUCUUAAUGAAGAAACAAUCAGCGAUACACAUGACAAAAUCAAAUGUAGGAGAUGUGUAAAUAAUAUACAGGUGCGACCUCCACCUGAAGACUCUGACUGUACCUCUGAUCUGUCUCAAUGGUACCACUGUGCUGACAAGAAAGGACUUGUUGAUAUUAUGUUAAAAGGUGCAUGGGACUCAGCUGUGUCAUUUACAUUUCACCAUAGAUCUCAUGAGGAACAGAGACAAACUGUAUAGCAUCCAAUUAUUUGUCUUAUUAGAAAGGGAAUGUGAAUAUGAUAUGGAAAGGAGUGUUAGAAAAUGUAUUGUCAGCAGGAAAUUCAAGAAAACGUGUCCAAACUGCCUGACAGCCUCGUGUGAGUGUUAUUAUCAGCUCAAUGUGAAAGGACUAUGGUAUAGAAGAAGUACGGAAAUUAAUUAUUAGAUAGAAUUUAUGUGAUAAAGUGCUAUGAAUUGUUUUAGAGUGAUAAAGUCAUAUAUGUUUUUAUAAAAGGUGGAAAUAAUAAGCACUGCUGUUUAUUGAUACUUUUGGUAACAUUAUAUAACAAUAGAUAUUUGUUGAUGGAGACUCUACAUAAAUUACUUGUGCCAUUAUAUGUUUGUAUAUUUCUAUAAAAUGAUAUCCACUUUAGGUGUUGAAAAAGUUUUUGAUAAAAAAAAUCAUUAUUUUAUGCGUCCACUUGACAGAGACAAAUGAAUCUCUUCAUCUAUUCCUCACACUUUUGAUUUGACCAGAAUUU